AACAGCGUCGGAAAGUUCGAACCGAAGCUUCAGCAGCUGCACGGAGUCUCACUGCGACAGAGAGUAAGACAGGACGGGACGAGGGAAGACAGAGACACGGAGACACGGAGACACGGAUUUGUCCAGGACUGUGUGUGUGUGUGUGUGUGUGACUUUGGGACAGAGAGCUGCUGUAACCUGCGUCUCCAUUUUUAAAGCCCUCCUCAGCUCCACUGACCGCACACAGCAGGAUGUCAACACAUUUCAGGAGCGGCCCUGCCUUCGGACUUUCUGCCGAGGUCAAGAGUAAACUCGCAGGGAAGUACGACCCCCACAAGGAGGAAGAGCUGCGGCUGUGGAUCGAGGAUUUGACCGGGAAGAAGAUGGGAGACCACUUCAUGGAGAGCCUGAAGGACGGAGUCCUGCUGUGCGAACUGAUUAACGUGAUGCAGCCAGGUUCUGUGAAAAGGAUCAACCACGCCCCUCAAAACUGGCACCAGCUGGAAAACAUCGGGAAUUUUGUCCGCGCGAUCACAGACUUCGGCCUGAAGCCACACGACCUCUUUGAGGCCAACGAUCUGUUUGAGAACGUGAACCACACUCAGGUCCAGUCCACGCUCAUCGCUCUGGCUGGGAUGGCCAAGUCCAAAGGCUUCCAGUCCAAAUACGACUUAGGGGUGAAGUACGCCGAGAAGCAGCAGCGUCGCUUUGCUCCGGAGAAGCUGAAGGAGGGACGCAACGUCAUAGGCCUGCAGAUGGGCACCAACAAGCUUGCCAGCCAAAAGGGCAUGACGUCAUACGGCACACGGCGUCAUUUGUAUGAUGCCAAGAUAGGCAUGGACAACCCAGUGGACCAGUCUACCAUCAGCCUACAGAUGGGCACCAACAAAGGAGCCAGCCAGUCCGGCAUGACGGCUCCAGGGACCAGGAGACACAUCUUUGACAAGAAGCUGGAGCUGGAGAACUGUGACACCACCACCAUCUCUCUGCAGAUGGGCACCAACAAAGUGGCCUCGCAGAAGGGCAUGACCACCUACGGCCUGCCGCGCCAGGUCUUUGACAACAAGUACUGCGCCAACCCCACUGAGCCCUGCGACAACGGCAGUGAGCUGGAGUUUGACGGCUACAACCAGUACUCCGACUAAAGUGUGACUGUAUGAGAACACGGACAUCUGCACCGCUCCUCCCUCCUCCCUCCUCUCCUCCCUCCAUUUUGCUUUAACUUCAGACGACCGACCACAACUGACUUUUAUUUAACACUGAUUGAUACCAAUGUCGUCUUUUUUAUCUUAAACCUAUUUUUUACUCUAUUUUAGUAAAACAAUAAAAGUGUUUACAUCGACCUGACCUUAAAAAACUUUAAUGCAGUGAUCAACUUCUCUAUCUCACUGCACUGGUUCAUUUUAUUACUGCAAAGAAAAAAAAUACCCACAACACUCUGCAAUUUAACAACCUUCAAUAUUUAUAGAUUUUUUUUUCUACUGCUUUUUCUACUCGCGUUGUAAUUAUACAUUAUUAAUUAUUAAUGCCCCUCACUUCACCUCCCUUACCCCCCAGACCAGUUUGAACACUGAUGAAACAGAAUUUGAAAUUCCUCAAAAAGGAAACAAGUGACCGUGUGUUGGUGCUAUUGAACUUUGACCCAGCUGGAAACACACCGGGGCCUCCACAGGCUCCAGGAUUCCAUUGCUCGGGGAUGGCUGAUGCUCGGGUCCGCAGGUUUGCCCGGGGCGGAUGAUGCAGGAGGACUUGUUGCUUUGUGCGGACAUUGCUUGGUUUUAUGAGCACCUGCGCUGAGAAAUCACCAUGUUCACAUCACAAGCCUGGUAACAAAAAAAAUCCCAUUUUGACACUUUUCAAGGAUGUGACUUAUGUGCAGCAUGGGCUUUUAUUUGAGGAAUAAGGAAAGGUAAAUGUUAAGGUAAAGUUAGUCACCAGUCGUCUUUUCUUCCGUCCUCUAGGAAACUUUUGCUUUCUUGCUGUUGCUCCAUUUGCACUUUAGCCGGCCUCACCUUGUGUGCAGUAACACAGUGGUAGGAUGUAACUAAGUACAGUUACUAUGAUAAAGUACUUGGGUAGACAUGUGAGAUACUUCAAUCUUUACUUCUUGUUUACCAUCCUGUGCCAUUGUAUCCUCCAAUACAUUUUCAGUCUUUUGUGUUUAUUGACAACCAGGUUUUACAUACAAAUUAAAUAAAUUUAUAAAAUACUUAAUAUAAUAGUUGUUAAACCACUUUUCUACAUACUGAAGCUUAAUUUUUACACUGUGGCAUUCCUACUGUUGCGUGUCCAUAUUAGGCAGCACCAAAGCAGACAGACCUGCCUGCUGAUAAUUGCUGAUAAUUCUCCUUUUCAAGAGUCUGCAUCAUACUGUUAACCCACCGAAUGUCUUGAAUGUAAUGUUUUCUGGUUGUAAGUGCCACUGGUUGUCGCAUGAUUUGCUUUUCACACAUUCAGGGUGCAGAAGUGUUUGAUAAACUCAGGAGAGGAGGGUCACACACACGUGGUCUCACACUUCAGAACCUAAAAUGACUGACUUUGAAGUCAAUGGACCAGUGUAUCUGAGCUCCUUGUCUCGUGAAUGCAUCACAGAUAUGGACAUGUAGCAGAGUGCCAUCUAGUGGGGAAAAGUACAUGUACACAUGCAGGUGUGUGUUUUUGGUCCAAUCAAUGUAGGAUUGUAGAUUUUUUGUUGUUGCUUUUUUUUUUAUAUACCAUUAUUACCAUCCUAUGAUAUUAAGAAAGGCAAUAAUACUGAGUAAAUUUAUUGUUCAUCUAAUGUGUUUGCUUUGUUCCAACGACACUUCUUCUUUGUUAACCUUUUUUUUUUUUAAUAUAUGCCUUUCACGAAACAUGACAUUUGUGCAAUAAAAACACUUCAAAAAUA